AUGAAGUACUCUGCCGUUCUUCUCUUCGCCAUUGGCGCGUUCGCUCUUCCUCAAGAAGCAUCUGUUACCACCGCUCCCAAGACCCCCGCCGCUAUUCCGAGUGGUCUCACUCCCGCUAUUAGCUGCGCCAUGUCGUGCGACGACAGCGAUGUGACCUGCAAGGCCGCAUGCAUGGGCAAUGCACGACCCAACGCCUCCCAGGUUAUCGAGACGAACGAAUGUGCCGCCAAGUGCGACCAGGGUGAUGGCUCUACUGAGGACUCCAUUGCCUACGGCAAGUGCGUAGAUGGCUGCAUCAACAGCCUUUUCCCUAGCAGCCAGACCGCCUUCGCCCCUGGUGCUGCUGGCGGCGCUGUUGCUUCCGGUUCUGCGGGUGGUGCGGCCAGCGCUGCUGCUUCAGCCACCGGUUCAGCCAACCCUACAGCUACCUCAGGAGAAUCUGCCUCUGCCACUGGAUCUGAGUCUGGCUCUGCAGCUGGUCCCGCUUCCACUGGUGCCGCUGACAAGGCUUCAGCUCGUCUUGCUGGUGCUGGUCUUGCCGGUCUUUUGGCCAUCUUCGCCUUGUAA